UGUACCUCUUUUAGGUAGUUGUCUUGCUGAAUGGAAGUAAGAUGGUGGGAUGGAGAUUUGGAUUUUGGACAUGAAGCUGGUGCUUAAGGUCAUGUAUACAUUUGCAAUAGGAUUUCAGCAAACAUAAUUGCAGUGGCUUAAAUUCGACAUCGGUGACUUCUCUUCAAAGCUUCAUAAGGAAACAAUCAUGAAGAUACUUGGUGUUACAAUUGCAUCCCAGGUUUUAGAUCAUGGCCAGCUGGCAGUUCCCUGGAUAUUUUCACCCCCCAUUCGCUUCAAUGCAUCAUCCGCCAGCUCUACGAGGAUGUGAUAUCCACUGCACUACUGCAGCAUUCAAAAUCAUUCCUUUUCUCAAGAAUCUGCCACUGAGAAAGGCAUUGGGGAACACGAACAAGAGAUUGCAGACUAUUUAUGCAGAGGAAGCACGUGAGGAGCUAACUAGUGCAAGGAUGUUGCACAUUAAUCCAUCAAAGGAAACAAAGGCCAUCUGAUCUGAUGCAUGAGGCAACUGUUUCCCAACCUGCCAUGGAGAAGGUGUACCUGGCAGUGGGGAAUGACGAGAAGCAGUGCAGGUUUUUCCUGCUAUGGGCUAAAGACUUCAUCCCACAACAGAAACCAUUAGUCGUUCUCCACAUCUACAGGCCAGCCACAACGAUCCCGCAUGUGGGACUGGGAGGUCCAAUGGUUGCAAGUAUGUUAAGAGAAGAUCUUGUUCACGAGUAUCGGAAAAAUGAGAGGAACAAGAUUAAGAACUCCUUAAAGAAGUGCUUGCAAAACUGUAAGGUCCAAGCAAAGAUGCUGAUAAUUGACAAACAUGAUGUUGCUCCUGCAAUUUUGGAGCUCAUCAACAAGCUUAAGAUUACCACACUCGUCUUGGGAGCUAAAAACAGACAUGACUGGAAGAGCAAGACAGCAAUCACUUUGGAGAAACAAGCUGAUCCUUCAUGCAACAUUCUGUAUCUCCAUGAAGGGAGUCUCAUUUCAAGCAGGCAUCAGCGUGUUGAUGUCUGCACAGCCAGAAAAAAUGAGAUGUCUUCUUUGGGAGGCUGCCACUUUUCAGGCAGCAGCAACACCACCACCAGUAAAUCCUUUUCAUUCUUCAACUCUCGUAGCACAGCCAACACCUUUGAUGCAGAACAGUUGGAUGAUCCUUCUCUUGAAAUCAAUCCUACGCACAUAUUCAGCGACAACAGGUUCAACGCCAUAAUUGGUCUCAAGUCAAUUGGCACUUUCAAGGAACUAGUUAGCCGGCGAAUUUCUGCUGAGAGCUCAAGGGAUUUGUACCAGGAAUUUCAUUCCAAAUACUGUGACAUCUUGUCAAGGUGUGAUUUCGUUGAUGGCUUUGACUCUGUUCUUGGUUUAGACUGCCAAAAUUUGGGGAAAGCACACUGGAAGUACAUGAGGAGCUGGCCUGCAGUGUUGGAGUAUAUUGUCAGUAUUAUCAACACAUUUCACGUGCAACUCAAGCAGAAGCAUCUUUCAUGUGAUGGAUUUAUACAUGAAGAUCUUUUAGAAGCAGCAAGAGAACCUCUGACUCGUCUGUUUACUGUUGCUUCAGCUGUCUGUGCCCAUGAGAUCAGGAAGUCACCCGAGAAGCUCUUCUGCAUAUUGAACAUGUACACAUCACUCGCGGAUGCCACCCCCACUCUCAGGAAUGUGUUCCAUACGGAGUCUAUCGGUAGAGAUGCUGAGGGCCUUCUUUCUAAACUGAAGGACUCUGCAAGGGAAAUAGUUAAAGAGGCUAAAAUCUUGAUUCAAACUUAUAGCUCACAAAUAGCAGUGCAGGAUGGAGGAGGUAUCACAUCACUCACUGGGUAUCUCAUGAGGUAUCUCAGAUUGCUAGUAAAGCAUAGGAGCUCACUUGAUACCAUUCUAGGACAUGGUCACAGUGAUGAUUUAUUGACAGUUGAGGGAGUGAACUCAACAUGUUGUUUAGUAUUUGGGCUCAUUGCUGACUUGGAUACAGUGCUUGAGAAACAAUCCAAGUUAUUGUCUUCUAAAGAACUCCAGUGCUUGUUUUUGAUGAACAACACACAUUUCAUACUACAGGAAAUCAAGCAAUCAGAUGUACGGUUAAUUGUAGGAUCCAGGUGGAUUGGAAAACGCCGGUACUGUAUCAAGGAAUACAUGAAGGAUUACAUAUCUGCAGCAUGGGGUCCAGUUACAUUGAAUUUGUUGGCUACAAAAAGCAUAUCACCCAGUAAAAGACUUAGGACAAAUGUAUUAAAUUUCCUGUCAGCCGGUCCGACUCCCCUGCAGAAUUUUACUUGGUCAUUCAACGAAACUUGUAACACUCAGAUGUGCUGGAAGGUACCCUGUCCAGUUCUCCGCAAAGAGCUUCGUCUAAAAAUUAUGGAGUUUGUUACUCCAGUCUACCAUGCACACCUGGAAAGUUUGAAACAAUCUGGAAGGGGCACUGCUGCAGAUUUUAAGCUGGGGUUGAAGAGCAAAAUCAACGAAUUGUUUGAAGGAUGAAUAUUUCUUUCGGUGCAAAAGGAGAAAACAAAUGAAGAAAGCAGUGCAGUAGAGCCUUCAGAUGUUGUGUUAUUUUUUUGUCCUUGCAAUUUUUGUCCCUAUGAAUGAUGAACUUUGUGUACCGGCUUCAGCUUAACUAAAGAAUACUUAUGUAAAUACAUACUUCCUUCCCUUCAUA